GAAGCUGACUUGUGAUAUGGGUGUGAGAUUCGUGUGAAUGAGUGAAAUGAUAAUUGGUUAUGUCCAUUUAAGGUAAUUGAGUAAAUUACCCACCUUCAUAAUCUUUGUCCCUCUCCUUCCCCCAUUUUCUAUUUUAAGUCUCUCUGCACUUCGAUUUGAUUAACAUUGGAAACUUUUGUCUAACAAAGAAACAGACUUGGUUCUUCCCUUUUCUUGUUUCUCCCAUCAAUUUCUCUCUUCUCAUCUGCUAAUUUUUACACAGUUUUAGCUAUCAAGAUCAUCAUCAUGGGUAACCCUAACUAUAACUAGCUACCUCUCUAUUUUGGAUAAAAGAUAAAGGAAACGUCAAGAGAGAGAGAAAGACUCCAUUUUUACGAUAAUGGGGAAUGCUUUCGAGCUAAACUAGCUUCUCUCUCUCUCUCUCUCUCCUUUUUUUCCACUUCGUUUUUCCUUUCAAGAUCUUCCAUUUCACCAUGCAUUCUUGUUUCAACCCGAUCCUCUUCUUACUUUCUUCUCUUCCCGCCGCCGUCACUCAAUAAAUGUGGGAUCUAAUCUAAGCCCUCAUCUCAUCACAGACACUAUUCAGUUCAGACCUAUGACGUCUAAUUUCAUGAAAUCGUCGGCCGGAUUACUUCAAGAUGACUCCGAUUCAGACGAACCCAGAAACCGAGGUAGGAUAUUCGGCUUCCCUGUCGGUGUCAUGAACAACGAUCCGCCGGUUACCCGGCAGUUUUUUCCGAUGAACGACCCGGAUGUGGGUAGUUUUGGCGGCGGAAACGAUGGAACAGCUGGGAAACUACCGACGGCGUCUCAGUGGGUCGAUAUGAGAUUAUGUCAGACAGAUCCCGGCGGCGGCGGCGGUGGUGGCAGCAGUAAGGCGGCGACGGAGUUAGCGCAGCCAUCGAAGAAAAGCAGGCGAGGGCCAAGGUCUAGAAGCUCUCAAUACAGAGGAGUUACGUUUUACCGGAGAACAGGGCGAUGGGAAUCUCACAUAUGGGAUUGCGGCAAACAAGUGUAUUUAGGUGGGUUUGACACUGCGCACGCGGCUGCUCGGGCGUAUGAUAGGGCAGCCAUUAAAUUUCGUGGCUUGGAAGCAGACAUAAAUUUCAGUCUUGAAGAUUAUGAAGAUGACAUGAAACAGAUGGGUAAUUUGACAAAGGAGGAAUUUGUUCAUGUUUUGAGAAGACAGAGCACUGGUUUCCCAAGAGGAAGUUCUAAAUUUAGAGGGGUUACUCUUCACAAAUGUGGAAGAUGGGAAGCUAGAAUGGGUCAAUUCUUGGGCAAAAAAUAUGUCUAUUUGGGCUUGUUUGAUACAGAGGUUGAAGCUGCUAGGGCAUAUGAUAGAGCUGCAAUCAAAUGCAAUGGUAAGGAUGCGGUUACCAACUUUGAUCCCACCAUCUAUACAGAAGAACUCAAUUCCACCGAAUCCGGCGGAAAUGUAACAACAACAACAACUUCUCAUAAUCUGGAUUUAAGCUUAGGCGGCGCCGCCGCCGCCGGUGGUGGAAGCGGCGGAUCGGCAUCACGGCCGAGUAGUAGUAGUUCAGAAAUGGGUUCUCCGUUUGAACUAAACUGGCACAGCCAUUCUCAAGGGUUUACGUCUAGGAUUGAUUUAAAUGAUAAAGAGAAGGAGAGAGAAAGUAUUCAAGUUUUGAACCAAGCAAAAAAUACAGUCCCAACAACAGCAGCAGAAUUAAUAUCAAAUGGUGAUAUGAUCCAAAGAUAUGGGCAACCUUUCUAUUUUCAGCCUCAAUAUGGACCGUCAGAUUAUCAGUUUCUGGGCGGUGGUGGAUUUCAAUGAUAUUUAAUCAAACGGCAGAUAUCAAUUCUCUUCAUAAUUGCUUGCAUUUUAUUGCAGCAGCAUCAUCAGGAUUCCCACACCCUAACAUUCCCACGUAAGUAAGUCAGGCUCACAAAUAUGUUUCUUUAUUUUUAAAAAAAUCACUUUUUUGAGAAGGGUGUGAUCAAUUAUCAUAAUAUCACGAGCUUAGCUUUAAACAAGGUCAAAUGUAAAUUUCUUUUUUUUUUUUUUAUUUUGUUUGGGAUUUUAUAACUAAAUAUUUACCUUUUUGACCAAGAUCCAACCUCUACAACAUUACGGCGCACGUUGGUCUUACCUUAUUAAUAUGGUUACAUUACUUAUUGUAAUCAAAUAAAUGUUUAUUUCACCA